UCUCGUUUUAAUCUCCAGUUCUUUCCGCGAUGGUUGGCACCAAAUGUUAUGACAUUUUUGGGUUUUCUCUGCACCGCUAUGAACUUUUUUCUGCUUUCCUAUUAUGAUUGGAAUUUCUUUGCCAGUUCUGGUCUAGAAGGCACAACGCCCAUACCUUCCUGGGUUUGGCUAUGUACCGCUAUUAAUAUAUUCCUGGCCUAUACACUGGACGGCAUUGAUGGUAAACAGGCGAGACGUAUAGGUUUAUCGGGACCUUUGGGUGAACUAUUUGAUCAUGGAUUAGAUUCGUAUACAGCUGUUUUGAUACCCACAUGUUUGUAUAGUAUAUUCGGACGUUCCGCAAUGUAUUCGGUGGCACCCAUGCGUAUGUAUUAUGUCUGCCUGAUGGUCUUCUUCAAUUUCUAUGUAUCGCAUUGGGAGAAAUAUAAUACGGGUGUAUUGUAUUUACCCUGGGGUUAUGAUUUGAGCAUGUGGGGCUCAACAGCUAUGUACCUGAUCACAUGGUGGUUUGGCUUUGAAUUCUGGAAGCGUGAACUGCCCUUUGGCAUUGCAUUGGGUAGUGCUAUUGAGUUUGUACUGCAUAUAAGUGCCAUGGCUAAUAUGCCCAUGGUGGUGGUAAAUAUUUAUAAUUCUUAUGCUCAACGUACUGGUAAAAUGCGCAGUUUUAAAGAGGCCAUACGUCCCUUGUGGCCAUUUUUAACUUAUAUGAGUUUGCUGUUACUGUGGCCACACAUUUCCCCUAACAAUAUCAUGGAAAAAGAUCCCCGCGCCUUGUUUAUGUUGAGUGGCACUAUUUUCUCAAACAUCAGUCUAAUUUUUUAUGAAUUGUCUUUUUGUUUUUAUUUCAUUUCUAAAUUCCUUAUCAGUAUUUUUUGUUUAAAAGUAUAUAUAACGUUUAUUUGCGGUUUUUCACCUUAAGUGCUGCAAAAAUAAAAAUAUAACAACUGCUCACACUUAUUCUAAAUAAAUCAUUUGGUAUUUUGUUAGUUUUACUGAUAAGCUGUCUACGUUAUAGGCCACUAAUAGUG